GGCUUCACCAGUCGAAACCCGGCCCAUAAUAACAAAAGCCCAAAUAUAACAAACGCUAUAAAUCCACCAUAAAACCCUAGCACAUCUCCGCCUCCCUGCAAACCCUAGAAGAACAGCUUCACCUGCACAGAGCAACCAUGCCUUUCAAGCGUUACGUUGAGAUCGGGAGAGUCGCACUCGUCAACUACGGCAAAGACUACGGCAAGCUCGUCGUCAUCGUCGAUGUCAUCGAUCAGAAUCGCGCUCUUGUUGAUUCCCCUGAAAUGGUUAGAAGUCAAAUAAACUUUAAGAGGCUCACACUGACAGAUAUCACUAUUGACAUCAAAAGGACCCCAAAGAAGAAGGAGCUGAUCAAGGCGAUGGAGGCUGCUGAUGUUAAGAACAAGUGGGAGAACAGCUCUUGGGGAAGAAAGCUGAUUGUUAAGAAAAGAAGAGAGGCUCUCACAGACUUUGAUAGGUUCAAGCUUAUGUUGGCAAAGAUCAAGAAAGCUAGUUUAGUCAGGGAAGAGCUUGCAAAGCUGAAGAAGGCAGCCAAGGCAUAAAGCAUUGCUUCAAAUACUAUUCAGUAAUUUGGUGCUGCUUUUGUUAUUGCCCAGUUGUGUUACGUUUCCUUUAGGGCUGAGAGGAUUUGGGCUGGCCAAGUCUUUCUUUCCCUGUUGGUUCUUGGCUGGUGUACAUUUUUGAAUUGAUGUCUAAUGAAAUUAUGCUUUUACAGACUAUA